AUGACAAUUUCAUAUACGGGUAACUUCUGUCGUCUUUUAAUUCGAUGGAAAGGAAGUUUAUGGCGAUUAGUUUGGAGAGAAUUAUUUAUCUUUCUCAUCCUUUAUUAUAUUAUUCGACUCAUCUACAAUCAAAUAUUACCGCUGCUUGAUAAGGAAAAUCCUGAAAAAUAUAGGUUUGAAUUUGAACGAAUUGCAAUAACGUUCGAUCAAUAUACAAAAAUGAUACCUCUUACAUUUUUAUUAGGUUUCUAUGUAUCCAAUGUAGUUAUCAGGUGGUGGCGACAAUUUGAAUGCAUACCUUGGCCAGAAGAUAUAUUGUCACUAUUAUGUACAUUAAUACCAGGUAAGGAUAUCAAGAGUCAACAACGGCGACACACUAUUGCUCGAUAUGUCAACUUGGUGGCUGCUCUUGUCUAUCGAGAAAUAUCGAGCACUAUUCGACGUCGCUUUCCGUCACUGUCACAUUUAGUGCAAAGUGGUCUUCUUACCGAGACAGAAUUACAAUUGAUUAACGAAAGUUCGAGAGAAAUUAAAAAUAUACGAUGGAUGAUACCACUUCAUUGGGUACAGCAAAUUGUCAUGGAUGAAUUAAGUGAUAAUGCACCUCCUCAAGCUCUCGUGAAUCAUUUCAUGCAAGAGUUAAAAGCCUAUCGAGCAGCAUUUCGUAAACUAUUCUCCUAUGAUUGGGUAUGCGUACCAUUGGUUUACACUCAGGUAGCAGCUUUAGCCACUUACGCACAUUUUGGCUUUUGCCUCAUAGGCAGACAGUAUUUGGAUCCGUCGAAAAAAUAUCGAGAUCAUGAAGUAGAUCUUAUUAUUCCGAUCUUUACAAUCGUUCAAUUCCUUUUCUUCGUCGGCUGGUUCAAAGUAGGACAAGACUUGAUGCGUCCCUUUGGUAUGGAUGAUGAUGACUUCGAGCUUGACUAUAUCUUCGAGCGUAACGUUGGCGUAUCUUUCGCCAUCGUUGAUCGACUUCAGAUGAAUGAUUACGAACCAUUGCAAAAAGAUAAAUUUUGGGUAUCGGACGAUUCCAUAAUGAUAUCAAUACCACGAACAGGUUUAGCUAAUCAAAACAAGCAUCGGAAACCUAUGAGACAUAUCCCCUCUUAUAAACCGAUCGGGAAUCGUGAUGCAGAGGAAGGUAACACACGAUGCAAUGUGUGGAAAAAAAAAUGGCAUGGAUAUGAUGUAUUAUCAUGGUGA